UUCAACGAGAGCCAAGAGUCACUCUUCUUCGGGACGCGAGCCCGAUAACACGCGCGCUGGAUAGUCAAGCGACGUAAAUAGAGCAACAAACUCUUUGCAAUAUUCGGACUGGCUUUAAAACUCUCAUUGACAUCACCGAUCUUCGGUUCAUUUCCUAAACAAAUAAAAACAUUUAAAAUAUGCUUAAUAAUAAAUGUAUACUUACGCGUACACGUAAAACUUGAAAAAUUGUGUAAAUAUGGUUUAGUGAUCUCAUAUGUGUGCGCGUGUUUUUGUGUAAAAUAUUAAGGACAAAAUAAACUGAUAUGUAUUCUUAGUUGGGUGUGUGAUUUUCGUGUGCUUCGACUAAUCUUACACUCUUCUUAACUUAAAUCCCUGUUUGGUAGCUGAAAAUUUUCUUGCGUGUAAAUAUCAUGUUGACAGUAGUAUGAUCUUAAAUCAUUGUAAACAUACACGUUCGGGAGUGAACUGAAUAACACGGUUUGACAUUAUUCCCGCUCGUUGUUAUCGUUCGUUUUUCGAUACCGGAGAUUUCUCCGCUCAUGUCGGAAAAACGUAAUCCGCAGCUAGUGUAACGAUGAAGCGUGACGGUAAGAUUUAGUUAGGUAUUUUCGAGUGAUUCGUCUUCUGUUCGGCACGAACUAUGCACAGAUGUGCGAAAUUGCUUACCUUGUAAUCCGGCAGAAACAUCUAUAUUAGGCAGUGUGAAUAAACAAUCAUCGACAGUGUCAACGAGUUGUCUCCCGAAGGAUUUUAUAUGGUCAUUGGAUUUCACCUUCCGAAAAGCUGCUGCGUUAACAUGGAUUAUUCUAAUAAAGAUUUAUGACAGGCAGAUUCCAAGGGUCUGCAGAAGAGCUGCUCUCUCGCUCUAGACACAUGGCAUGUCUCGCAGAUGUUAUUCCUCUUUCGCCAAUCGUCCCUCUUUUGGUUACCGUAGACAACGGACUGGAGCAACGUCAGAACAUCAAGACGCAAAUUGAUACAGAUACGUUAGCGCCGGUCGACCAAUCCGGCUCAGCUCUCGUUUGCCCUGCAUGUUCGCUGGUGCUACCAAGUACGCGUGAUCUGACGAAUCACAUACGGGGCCACAACUCGCGGAGAAACAGCGAGGGUAGUUCAGUCGACGACGAGUACACCUGUUGUGUCUGCAACAAGGUCCUCAGCUCGGCCAGCUCCCUGGACCGUCAUAUCCUGGUCCACUCCGGUGAGCGGCCGUUCAAGUGCGGAAUCUGCGGAACUACCUUUACCACCAACGGCAACAUGCAUCGCCACAUACGGACUGCCCACGGUAGCAGUUCGUCGAACAGUUGCACGGAUUCAGACGGUAGCUGCGACUUCGACAGGCCCGAAUUGAAGCGGCGGAGAGACGCGGAAUUCAACAAUAACAAUAAUCUGUCUAAGAGAAAAUCGCCGGACCACAUGGAGGACGACCUACCGGCGAGUAAACGACCGCACAAAAUUCUGUUGAGGAACAAAUCCACAACCAAGGCCGAGAUUCAAACCGAGACUCAGCCGACUCACAGCUGCCCCUUAUGCGGGAGGAACGAUUUCGCGACGAGCAGCCUACUCAAGGCUCACUUUGACCAGGCUCAUCCUGACUAUCCUAUGAAAUGCGAUAUCUGCAAUCUGAUUUUUCAAACUCUUCAACUGCUGAAUCAGCAUCGUCGGACGGCUCAUCGUUCGAACGAUGACCAAAAUGUGAAUGUCGGAGACUCGGUUACCGGCUUUUCCGAUUUGACCUUCAUGGAUUUUUCAGCCAUAAACUUUCCGGGUAUUGCUCGUACCCUUUGCGAGACUACACUGCAUCUACCGGCGUCUGGGGAAGUAACUAAAUUCCAAUGCCGCAAGUGCUUCAGAGCUUUUCCCUGCAGAGCUUCUCUUGACUCCCAUGAGACUGACUGUGGUACCCAAAUAGCAGUGCGGGAAAACAUUCCCGAGGAUCAGUCAAAGAGAAACGACUUUUUCGCCGGAUUGAAUCUUCAAGAUAAAGCGGCACUCACCGAAGCGAAGGAGGGAAAGGAUCUAGCCGACAUACAGAGCAUCAUUUCGCUCACGUCUGAAACAGCUAUUCUGCAAAACUUUUCACGACCUGACACAAUCACCCCGGAUAACGUGAUCAGGGCUGGGUCCAGCGUGGGUUCGUCCGGAUCAUCCUGCACCACAUCCGCUGAAAACAACGAGGAAGAACUUCAGGAUGCGUUCUCUGCCCAGUUUCGUCGGAUGAAACUCCGCGGUGAAUUUCCGUGCAGACUGUGCAACGCUAUUUUCCCCAACCUCCGGGCUCUCAAGGGUCAUAAUCGGGCGCAUAUGGGAGUCAGUCCGGGAAUGCCGUACCCCUGCAACAUGUGCCCCUACACAAGCACCGACAAGGCCACCCUGGUGAAACACUUGCGAUCUCACAACGGCGACCGACCUUAUGAGUGCUCGAUGUGCAAUUACGCCUUCACAACAAAAGCAAACUGUGAGCGUCACUUGCGGAAUCGUCACGCCAAGCUGACCCGCGAGGAAGUGAAGAAGGCGCUAAUCUAUCAUCCCAGCGAAGAUCCGCAGAACGAUAACGGGGAACCCCAGGCACGAAUCGUGCGGGACGACAUGCGGACAAUUCUUGUAUAUCCGAUGGUACGCGAAGAAGCCAUGCAACCGAAGACAAUGAGCGUUGGCCCUGACGUAAAGGCCGAGAUCAGGGUGAUCGAUGAGGCGAAACUUCGACAACCGGAUCUUGGCAGUACGCGGCAGGAUCCCCAGCCGAGUAGUUCCAAUCAAUCGGAGAUAUUCCAAGGUGAAAAUCCGGAGAUUCAACCGCUUGAGAUGCAGGUACCAAGACACACCGAUAUUCCUAUGGAUAUAGACCAACCUCAAGACUUGGUAACCAGGCCACUUCGGUUUACACACAACAACCGCGCUCACGACGAUAACUCGUCGAGCGGAAGUGUAUCGCCUCUAGUCACCGAUGCCAAUCAAUUAGCAGCAACACACCAAAGACUUCCAAAUCCUCACAUCGGUAUUCAAACAUCCACCGGUCAUUAUAGCUCAGGCAAUGACGUGCCGUUGGAUCUAUCGAUGGACGCGUUGGAUUUAAGCAAAAAAUCGAAGGUAACGGAAACCAAACAACCUGCCGUUGCUCCAAACAUGGAAGAAUCCCACCGGAGUGAUAACAACAUUUACCACGCGGCGAAUCAACUACUUUUAACGCAAGCUCUGCUCAAGAGUAGUCACAACCCCCAAACCGCAACCCUGCAGGAGGCACUUUAUGCAAACGCUCAACUUCUGUUCCCAAACCUUGGCACUUUUUCACCUGCAAGUUUUAUAACACCAUUCAUGUUGAAUCCCCACCUCUUUGCAAACCCGGAGUUUGCUAUGAACAGUAGACUUCCGAAGGAACCGAUCAGAGGCCUGGGUUGCAGCGGUGGUAGCCUCGUAGAACCUCCGAUUUCCAGACUCGAAUUUGGAACACCUUAUUCGCAAAGCAGCCAGGCUUCGUAUCACUCGACCAGCGAAGACACCACCGCCAACUCGCCAAAGCUGAUGUCCCCGAAGUUAUCGAGCAAAGUACCCGCUGCUCGUGAAAAGAUUGAUAACUCGUCGUCAUCAAAUUCCGUUAAGAUGGUUAUAAAGAACGGCGUUCUCAUGCCGAAACAGAAACAACGAAGGUACAGAACUGAGAGACCAUUUUCUUGCGAACAUUGUACGGCCAAGUUCACCCUGAGAAGCAACAUGGAAAGACAUGUGAAACAACAGCAUCCGCAGUUUUGGAGCCAGCGACAACGAGGCGGGCAUUCGACCAGAGGUCGACCGCCUACAAACCCACCGACACUACUGCAGAAAUUCAACCAACCCACCUCUCAGCCAGUAUCCCAGAACUUUCCGAGCAUCCUACCAAAAAUCGACAAAACCAGUUCGACGCAAAAUCACGGGAAACAUCCAAUUUCUGACCAAGUCAAGUAUGCGAUUCUUGCACAACAGUUGAAGGGGAAUAAACCAGAAGAGAAUGACUCUGAGGCGGAUUUGGUGAUCGAUGAGGAACCCAGAGAAGAAAAAGCUUCAGAAUCUCAAGCACAGAAUAGCGAACGGCAGCCCCUGAGUCUGCUGAGAGGUAAGCUAGAGGAUAAAAAUGAUUACAAUAAAGAUAAAAUUAUGAAACAGCAUGUGAAUGAAUUUUCGAAGGACUAUUUGGUACAAAUAAGAAAACAACAUCUUGAAGAAUUGAAAGUUGACGUUAAAUUGUCUGAUGCAAGUAAUGCGGAAGAUAAUUCGGAAAAGGAUGUAAAGGACGAUAUGGACGAGAACAAGCUGGAGGAUCAGAAAACCGUGGAGAAAAUUGACGAAUCGGCCGAUGUUGAAGAAGCUGAGAAAACCGGAGGGGAAGACGGCACUGUCGAUCUUGCUAGCGUGUCGAAGCUACUUGACAACGCAUCGCAACAGUACCAACAGUUUCAACCUCAGGAUAUGAGCGACGAGGAGGAGGGACUUGUUGCUGCAGCGAGCGAGGGAACCAAUUCUGGAAGUGAAGAGAAAUCCGAUUCCAGCAACUCCGAGACCGUUAAAAAAAAGUCGGCGUAUUCGAUGGCACCGAACAGGGUUCCAUGCCCGUACUGUGACAGAGUUUUCCCGUGGACGUCUUCAUUGAGGAGACACAUACUGACGCACACCGGGCAAAAACCCUACCAAUGCCACUACUGUACGCUGCUAUUUACAACAAAGUCGAACUGCGACCGUCAUCUUUUUAGGAAACACGUGAAAUCCAGCGGCAGAAGCCGGGCCAAAGCAUCCAGAAAAUUAUCUUCCCGCCAAACCACUGCAAGCUUGAUAAACAAUAACGCUUUUGCGACGAGAAACGUUCCGGAGAGACCUUAUAAGUGUAACGAAUGUCCAAGCUCGACAUUCUCGACUAUGGGAAACCUGAAAAAGCAUGUCACCUCCAAGCACCGCGGCAGGCGUGCGCCAAAAUCGCGAUCGGUCAGCUCGAUGAGCGAUGUGCAGAACAGCCCCAACGGAUCUUCGAAACACAACGAUCAAAGCGAAUACGAAAGUCACUCUUCGAGUCCAGGAGAGACAGUGCGUAACUCGCCGAUUAGCCUCGUAGAAGAAACUGUGCAGAAGGCCAAUACUUCAUCCAGCACCGACACAUCGCAGUCCCUGAAGUCCUCUCCAGAAUCCGGAUCCACCGUAUCAUCAGGCUCGUCCGAAUUACCAUUCAAGUGUCACCUCUGCGAUGGCAGCUUUACCGACAGGCAGGACUGCCUCGAACACAUCAAACACGAUCAUAAACCUGAAUACGAGCUUCUUUUGAAAAAAGGCGCGUUGGACAUGGCUGCGGAAACCGAAAACCAUCCCGAAGAGCAGCAACAACAACCACAACAGCAGAGCGAGGAUGGAGAAGGUCAACGCGGCAAAUUUCCAGAUUACGCGAACAGAAAGGUGGUCUGCGCUUUCUGCAUGCGCCGUUUUUGGUCAGCCGAAGAUCUCAGGCGACACAUGCGAACACACACGGGAGAGAGACCCUUCACAUGCGACAUUUGCCGUAGAAAGUUUACCCUGAAGCACAGCAUGCUGCGACACCGCAAGAAGCACGACUCUGUUCGUUCCACGAUUUACACCGGCGCCAGUGGGGACGAGGAUGCCUCUCAGAUGGCAAUUAACAGCAAUAGUAACAGUAACAGUGGGAUUAAGACACAGGAGACGUCAGCCGUUCUUAAUGCGGUGUCGGAGAACGCGACUCCGGUCCGAUUUGGUGCCCACGCAAAAUUGGCCAGUCUUCCUGGGAAACUUACAAACAUUCAACGGUACAACAAUCACGUGGAGAGCACGGAUGAAAACGAUUUGAUCUCAAACCUUCUGGGCAUUAGAGACAAAACUAUUAUUGACAGGGUUUUGCAAGGGUCUCCUGACGACGCAGCGAAGAUACUUGGUGUUAAAAGUGGUCCGGAAUGAGGUAUUGUUUUGCACCGGGCAUUAUUUAAUACAAUCCCCCUGCUCUCUUUUACUGAUUCUGUCAGAUAACAAUUUAUUUUUUUUAUCUUAUUCUUGUUCAUUGCUCCUUUCAUUCCAAUUAUUACGAUACGUUAAAGUUUUCUCUCUGUUUCUGCGAUGUCGGGAAGUUGUCAAUAUUUUCAAAUUUUCAAGAAACUUUGAAAAUCGUUCUCAAGUUUUUCUUAUUCACAAGCGUGCCUUAAUAUUAGAUUGUAUCAGCUCAUUCUGCGCUAACAUCGAAGUCGCAUUGAGUAUUUGUUCCUUAAUCAUCAUUGAUAUAAUUGUUUACCUCCGAGUUAGAUUCUACAUAUGGAUAAAAAUCAGUUAGAAUCAAGGCAUUCAAUGAUCGUUUCUAUCAAUAUAACUUGUAAAUCUCUCAAUUUUCAAUUUUCUCUAACGGGGUCCGAGGAAGAAAAACAUACAUAAAAGUAAUUAUUUAAAAUAAUAAAAUGUUUUUUGUGUGCGAUUUGAUGAAUAACUUUUCUAUGUUUAGAUUUUUCACAAUAUAAUAUUAUAAAUAUAUACAUCUACGUAUAAUAUAUUAUAUACAUACAUAAAUGUACGUCUAAAGAUUGGGCGUGCUUAAUAUUAUAUUGUUAUUACUAUUAUCGCUAUUACUAUAAAUAAUACUACUGCACUGUUGUUGGAUUAUACGAUCACGUAUUACUGCGCCACUAUUAAGGGUAGGGGUAAAUAGAUAGAAUUGCUGAUUAAUAGAAGGAUCAGAGUAUCGUGAAUAUUUUCAUAGACGUGAAAAUCUCAUCAGUAGAAUUCCAAAAUGUGGGAUUUUCAAGCACAGAUAAUAGAAAAUGUGGUAAAUCGAAAUACAAAAAGACCAAAUAUGGUACAGCAAAAUCGAGCAUCUGUAUACGAUUCUAUAUUAUCGAGAAAAAUUCUGUCGAUUCUACAGUUUGGCAUUCUAUGUUCCGACCUUUCUAAUCUUUCACUUUUCCAUACUUCGACUUUCACCGUUUUUAAAUUAUAGAUAAAUCAAGCUUUUCCUUUUAUAAAAGUUCUAUACUGUGUGCCCUUCUAUUUUUUGAUCUUACUAUAUAUCUACCCCGACCCCACUACUAUGUGUCUCAUUUGGAGAUGCUUGUGGGGUCUUACUUUGUGGCAAGGUCCGAAGGAUCGUUGGAAAACCAUGGCACCUGUAACAACUAAAUCGACGAUUUUGUGCAGUUGGAGGUUUCGUUUCUGUCGUUCCGAGAUAUAUAUCGCGUUCAUAUAAUGUAUAUGUAUGCAUACAUGUAUACAUUUUAUAUGAACUCUUGAAAAUAUCUCUUGAACCUAACUAAAUAUCGUUACACAUAUAAAUAUAAAACUAUAGGUAGACAUACAUUUUUUUUCUUCUUUUUUUUUUUAUGGUAGUAUUUAGAAAUCAGUAUCUCGUCGCAAUGGAACGUCGACCGUAUAGAUUGUAAAAUUGAAUUUGGUGUUGCAGCGUUGACAAUUAUUAAAUUGCAACGGGCGACGUUGCAUCGCGAAUCGUUUAGCUGCGUUUUGAUUGAACGAAAUCAAUUUCAAGCAACGAAUUACGGAAAGCCAUAUAUGAAUUUUAUUUAAGUAUCAGCUAACAUAUUCGCGUCUGGUACACGUCGCGGUAUGUCGGUGCAUUUUAGAGUGCCUUUCUAGCCAAGAUAUCUUUGAACAAGGAAUCGGAUUAACUUGGCUUAUUUUCUCUAGUAAAUGAAUAAACAAAAUUAAGAAAUAAAUAAAGAUAAAAAGUACUUAUUAAAAUGAAGGUAAACAAAUCCGUCGUAUAUUGCAAUGUUGGUAAAAAUUUUAUUAAUUUUUAAAGUAACCACAUACUUUCUAUUAGAGCGUUGUAUACUCGAUAUCUCAUAGGAUUAAUAUUACCAAUGCCAUUCGUAAUUGAAUCAUCUUUUCAAUUCCAGCGUCGUAUUUUUAUAAUUAUUCUUAUAUAAUGUCGAUGAAGCAAUUUUAAAACACGAUGAGUUCUGACUAAAGUUAAAACCAAACAAUGACGUAAUAUUUUGAAAGAACUUUUGAAGUGAUCGACGAAGCGUCAUCUUUGUGAAAAGAAAUUAUUUUUAAAAAAUUAUUAAAAAACAAAAGCAUAAAAAAAAUGCAUAAAAAGGGAAAAAUUAAAACUAAAACGCAAUAUA